UCCCGACCGCCACUAGCAUCACAUCAGUAGGCGCGCGACCACCGCAACGAACGCUCGUCAGUCCGCACAAAGCGUUCACGCAAACAUAAAAAUAAUCGUAUACUGAUCCGCUCCCGCGGCGUCAGCGAUCAGCGUGACAGUGUUGCAGUGCGAGGCCGACGCGACGGAGACGGUACAAGGCAUGCUGAUGGCGGGCGCUCUGCCGGCCGAGCCCGAGGGGCUGCUGGCGUUGGGCGCGCUGCCCGGACAAAAGGACACCACAUGGACCAAGCUAUUCGUCGGGGGUCUUCCCUAUCACACCACCGACAAGAGCCUGCGGGAACACUUCGCGGUCUAUGGGGACAUCGAGGAGGCGGUGGUCAUCACAGACAGGCAGACGAGUAAAAGCAGAGGAUAUGGAUUCGUAAUAAUGGGUGACCGUGCGGCGGCGGAGAGAGCCUGUAAGGAUCCAAACCCCAUUAUAGACGGGAGGAAAGCCAACGUAAACCUCGCGAUAUUAGGCGCAAAACCUAGAGGGAAUUUAGCACCAGGUUUCGGUCUGGCUGCGGCGGCGGCAGCGGGCGUGCGCGCCGGCUACCCCACCGUGCUGCAGUCGCCAUACGGGUUGUCCCCGGGGUACGUGUACGGCGCACCGGGGUAUGCGGUGAGCGGGGUGGGUGGCGGUGUGGGCGCGGGCGCGGGCGGGCUGGUGCAGCUGCCGCCACUACAGCACGCCGCCGCCGUGGCUGCUGCCAACCACCUGUACGAGUACCAAGCGGCCGCGGCACAGGGAGCGGCGGCCUAUCAGCAGCAAUACGCAGCUGCCGGCUUUGAUCCUUACGCAACAGCAGCAGCUGCGGCGGCGGCUGCGAGCGGCGCGGGCUACAUGUCUCCGUAUUACGCGCUGCCAGGAGGCGGCGUACAGGCGCCACUCCUGCCGCCCCUGCCCUAUCCCCCGCAGCUGCAGGAGGCGCGCAUGCAAUGAGACCACAUCCAACAGACCCCGUGGCUACUUUACUACUGAACUAUUACGAAGCUGUACUUAACUUAGCCUCUACGCAUUUAAUCAAGAUAGCCGCGGAAGCUAUACGCAAUGUGCAGACUCAGCUCGCCCCUAGCGGCUGUCAUUCAUUAGUAUUUUUGCGUAGGGGUUCUUAUGUCUCAGUAGCCGCAAUCUGUUGAUGAAAUUGUGAUGAAACUUAAAAAAAAACUUCGUGAAUUGCAAAUGUUACCGCUACAGAACCAAAUAUUAAACGUUCGUGUAACACUAACGUAACAUGUUUAAACCAAAAAGAAGUAUAAACGACCAAAGCUAUGAGCUUAUACCAAAAUGUUGAAGACAUCUUGACAAUUUAAAUCUGUUAGGUACGGAUAAAGGUGAUGGGUCGAACCUUAGUAGACAUAAUGUACUUAAUAUAGGAAGUACGUACUUUAAAUUGAGGUUAUUCUAUAGAUAAUAAUAAGCUAUGUUAAACAAAGCUCUUGCCACGCCUUCCUGUAAUCACAUAUAGUUUUACUAACAUAUUAAAUAAUAUAUCUGUACAUAUUAUCCCUUAUUUUCAAAUGUAAUAGAAGAAAAUAAGAUAAAGAAAGCUGUU